GUGGCUAUUUCCCUUUACACGAGGACCAAGCCCGAGUCUAUUGUCCUCACCCAUUUCAGCUUGAUGCUUCCAAAGCUCGCAUGAAAUCUAUAGAACGUGCCGGCCACUCAGGCUCUCUUGAUACCAGAACAUCCAUUAGUACUGCGGUAGCGAUGGGAGCCAACCCUUCCACAACCCUCCCCGUAACUAUGGCCGAACGAUCCACGCGACUUGCGCAGCAUAAUGCUUCAGGCCGGCCGCAACCUAGUAUCGACUCCGGGUCCAAUACUCCCGUUGCUAGUUACAAUCCCACCGGAGCGCAGGAUAACCCUCUACCGAUGGGUAAAUAUUAUCCUUCUAAUUACGUGAAAAGGAAGGAAGAGAAAAGAAGCAGGCAACAAGGCAGGCCGCCGACGUCGAAUCUUACCCCUUCCGCUCCGACGGGGACUAAGUCGGAAACCCAGGUGCCCACUGCCAGAGACGCUUCUACGAUGGGACAUUCGCGCAAUGAGUCCGACGCAAAACGCAGACUACAGCAGUACCAACGCGACAUGAUUGCUCAAGCGACAAUAGCUCUUAAUGGUGGUAAUGUCAAUGCGGCAACGAUGAGUUCUUUAAGGUCAAUCGGAUUUACUAGUAUGUCUAAGCCAAGUAAACCGAGACUGGCGCCCUUGGGAUCUCCGGGGCCUGUGACACCUAUGGAAUUAGAAGGCUCGGAAGACGGUUAUCUGGGAGCGCGAGGCCCGGCGGACCUUCAAGUCGAAGAGAUAACUCGUGCUAUCAGGGCCGAGGAGGAACGUAAACGACGGGAGGGCGCGACACCACCAGCCGUUGAACUGGGCCCUAGCACAUUCUGAGUGUAUCAUCUUUGCUUAGAAUCGACUCCGUGUGCCAUACCAUUACUUCGAUCAUAUUCACCGUCGCUACAUGUUCUAUCACGGACAUUUGGCUACUCCUCGGGGAACACUCAACCCUGACGACCUUUUCCGAUCGCCUGAAUCCUAGCAGUGCUACGAGAACGGGGUGAGACUUCCCGUCUUGUGUAUUGACGACGCCGUUCUUUUCCUAUUCAAAUAGCUUUAUUACGCACUCCGGACCUAUUUAUUGCAUUUCUGUUCGGUUGGCCGUCACCUGGCCACUGACUGGUACACGUAUCGGGCCUCCGAGUCACCUUAUCUCCUUUGUCUUCGUUAUGAUACCCUAAAGACUGGACGAUACGAUCACAUUUGCAUGCAUGGAUUCAGCAGGCGCAGGGAAAGGGCAAAUAGGUUGGAAAUUGUACGGUAGUCUGACUUCGACAUAUUACUUAUUUGAAUUUGGGCUCCUGAUAUAGACUUUUAUUCUUGCUUUACUCGCUAAGGGGCAGCUCCCGAGUAGGCAUUCGUUAACAUUUACUAUUGGAGGCGGGGGACAAGAGCCAUGGGGAUUAGGAGAAUCGGGAAGACGGGAAACAGACGGCAUGGCGAGAAUAGGAGGACUUACACUUGCUCCUAGCAUAUCAAUCUGGUGCGGUUGAAUGUGAUUACCUCACCUUAGCAGAAUGGAUGCAAACCCCCCUUUCUUUUUGAGACAUGAGUAAAAUCAGAUUCCGUAUCAACUAGC